UAAUGUGUUAGGUUUUUUUCCUUCCUUUUUGACCCCCUUUCGCGUACAAUUCAAGUUUUGAUUUUCAUUGUCUUCAUCGUUAUUCUAAGGAAAUCAAAGAAAGGGGGCUUUUUUAUUUUUUGUUGUGUAUCUAAAAAUCAUAGAUCUUCGACUGAUUGAUAGAUAAAAACAAUGGGAUUGAUUAGAGAUAAGGAAUAUCUUUUUGUCUGACGGAAAAAUGAUGCUUUUUGUGGGUUUACAGAACUUUUUCUGAUUUGGGUCUCGUCUGUUUCCACCAUCUUUGCAGAUUCCGAAUUUCUUCGGGAAUCAUCACUUUUUUUUACCAAUAAGAAAGUUUAAUGGAUACCUUGUUCAAGCAAAAUUUACGUUUUGGGUAAAUCAUAGAGUGGAAAUUCUAUGUCUGAUCAUGAGCAGAUAGCAUCUCGCAUUAUGGGUUGGCUGAACAAAAUUUUUAAAGGUUCCAGCCACAAAAUAUCUGAAGGGCAAUAUCAAGGGAAACAUGAGGAGGAGCAAGUUUGGAAUGAGCCUGCUACUAAUUCAGCGGAAGCGUGGUCUGAGUUUGAGACUGAAGAUAUUGAUCGAGCCAUUGCACUUUCCCUUUUAGAAGAAGAAGAGAAAGGGAAAAAUGUGGUUGAAACUGUGUCUCAUUUGGAGGAAGAUGAACAACUUGCUCGGGCUCUUCAAGAAAGUAUGAACUUGGGAUCUCCUCCUCCAGCUCCCCGUAGUGGAAAUAGUGGAAAUGUGCCAAAUGGCAAUACAUAUCAUCAACCCAUACCAUUCCCCUUUUUAACAGGAUUCAGGAUUUGUGCUGGCUGUAAUACCGAGAUUGGUCAUGGACGGUUUUUGAGUUGCAUGGGUGCAGUUUGGCAUCCUGAAUGUUUUCAUUGCCACGCCUGCAAUCAGCCAAUUUCUGAUUACGAGUUCUCAAUGUCUGGGAAUUACCCUUAUCAUAAAGCUUGCUAUAAGGAGCAUUAUCACCCGAAGUGUGAUGUCUGCAAGACCUUUAUUCCAACAAAUGCUGCUGGUCUUAUUGAAUAUAGAGCCCAUCCAUUCUGGAUUCAGAAGUACUGUCCCGCCCAUGAGCAUGAUGGGACUCCACGGUGUUGCAGCUGUGAACGGAUGGAACCAAGAGACAUAAAAUACAUCUCCUUGGAUGAUGGUCGGAGGCUCUGUUUGGAGUGUUUGGAUUCUUCAAUCAUGGAUACUAAUGAAUGCCAACCUCUUUACCUCGAUAUCAAGGAGUUUUAUGAAGGCUUAAAUAUGAAAGUCGAGCAACAAGUCCCUUUACUGUUGGUUGAGAGAUCAGCUUUAAAUGAGGCCAUGGAGGGUGAAAAGAGUGGCCACCAUCACAUGCCUGAGACAAGAGGGCUCUGUCUAUCAGAGGAACAAACAGUCAGCACUAUUCUAAGGAGACCGAAAAUAGGAGCUGGAAAAAUCCUUGACAUGAUAACAGAACCAUAUAGGCUGACCCGCCGGUGUGAGGUCACCGCCAUUCUCAUAUUGUAUGGGCUCCCAAGGUUGCUGACGGGGUCGAUUCUAGCUCAUGAGUUGAUGCAUGCAUGGUUGCGCCUUCAAGGUUAUCGUACUCUUAGUCCUGAGGUUGAAGAAGGUAUCUGCCAAGUGCUUGCUCACAUGUGGCUCGAAUCAGAAAUCAUAUCAGGCUCUGGUAGCAACGUAGCAUCAACUUCCUCUUCAUCUUCCUCCUCUUCUUCUGCGACAUUACCAAAGAAGGGAAACAGAUCCCCGUUUGAGAAGAAACUCGGGGACUUUUUCAAACACCAAAUCGAAUCUGAUACUUCACCGGCGUAUGGAGAUGGUUUCAGAAUGGGUAACAGUGCGGUACUCAAGUACGGAUUGCGCCGGACCUUGGAUCAUAUGAAAUUGACCGGGACAUUUCCAUAUUGAAAGAAAAACUUGAUGAAAAACAGAAACACCAUUUGAUUGAUGAAGAUAAAGCUUGGUCUUAUCAUAUUAGAAGUUAGGGCUACAGCACAAUUAUCAUUUUGUAAAAGAGGCACAAAUGUCAUGAAAAGGCUCUCAAUAGCCACAAAUAAACAUAUUUGAAAACCUUUAUUAUUUUCUAUAUAUACAUGUCACAUAUGAAAAUCA